GCACUCAAGUCAGUGAUGAGUCGUAAGCAAAGGCCGUUAGCGCAGAUUAUUUCUUACUCUUCCUUCACGAUGCCGAGAAAUCUGUCUGUCAUUACGUUCUUUAUCGCACUCACGGUACAAAGUUGUCUGUCCGUGACGCUGUACGAGUAUUACGUCCCUGAUGGCGUUCCAUCCACGGGUCUGGUGGCCGAGGGGGAAACUUUCACCCUGAACGGCAAAAACUUGACGAUCUUCUCGGGAUCUUUCCAUUACUUCAGAGUUCAUCCUGAUUACUGGAGGGAAACUUUCAAGAAGAUGAGGGCGGCAGGACUCAAUACAGUGCAAACUUACGUGCCCUGGAACCUGCACGAGCCCCGGCAAGGCGAGUACGACUUCGGGGAGUUGGGGGAGGACAUGUCCCCGUUUCUGGACUUGAGGAGCUUCGUGCAGAUGGCGCAGGAGGAAGAUCUCUUCGUUCUCUUCAGGCCGGGGCCCUACAUUUGCUCGGAGUGGGAAUUUGGUGGCAUGCCCAGCUGGCUGCAGCGGGACCCGACGAUGCACGUGCGCACCUACUACGACAACUACCGGUCCGCCGUCGCGGCGUACUUCGGGGCCCUCCUGCCUCAGGUCGCCGACCUCGAGUUUACUGAAGGAGGACCCAUCAUUGCCGUGCAGAUUGAGAACGAGUACGGGAAUUUCGGGUACGAUGACGAGCCUCGAGAUCACCUGUACAUGAAUUUUCUGAAGAACCUCACGCUAUCCAGCGGUCUGGACAACUCUCUGCUCUACACUUCAGACUCGCCUGCCAGCAAACUCGACUGGGGAACUUUGCCUGGCGUUCUUCAGACGGCAAACUUCCAGAGAGACGCCGAAAGCAACCUGUCCAUGCUGAAGCUCCUGCAGCCCAACAGACCAAUGAUGGUGACUGAAUUUUGGUCCGGCUGGUUCGACCACUGGCUUGCUGAUGUUCACACCGACUGGGAUGUUGAUGAAUUUGCCACGACCCUGGACUACAUCUUGUCCCAUGGCUCGUCCGUGAACUUCUACAUGUUCAUCGGCGGCACAAACUUCGGCUUCAUGGCUGGCGCCAACGCCGUCCCUACAUGGCCUACCUACGCUCCUAUCGUCACGUCCUACGACUACGGAGCGCCACUAUCUGAAGCCGGUGACUACACAGAAAAAUAUUCUAGACUUGUAGAACUCAUCGCACUGUACAACCCACUGAACGGGAUUGUGGAUAACCCCGUGGGUCCGGCACAGCGACAGAAGGCGGCGUACGGAGAUUUCCCCGUCACUGAGAUCCUGGACAUCUAUUCCCUCAUCAGCCAGGCUCCUGUAAAGUUCGUAAAUGACGAGCCUUUGAACAUGGAGGCGCUGGACAUGAACAACGGCAACGGUCAAUCUUACGGGUACCUCCUCUACUCCACAAACGUGAAGCUACAGGUGCCCCAGUCUGAGCUGCUCAUCAGGGGACAUGUUAGAGACAUGGCGCAGGUGUUUGUCGACUUAGUUGUUCAAACCAAACCAUACCAACACCUCAACGAUGUUAAUGAUUUCGGCUUCUGGAACGGCAGGGACAAAAAUAUAUCUCUACCCGGCACUGGGAACCCGGCGGAUCGUCUUGACAUUCUGGUCGAGAACCUUGGCCGCGUGAAUUACGGAGCGGCGCACAAUUUCUACCAGAAAAAGGGCCUUUGGGAAGGCGACGUCUUGGUGGACAGGGAACGCGUUCUAGGGUGGACGAUGACACCUUUGGAGUUCAAAAAGAGUUUCGUUAACGGCUUGACGGGAUGGGAGCCAUUCACAACGUCAGCUAACGGACCAGCGAUGUACCGCACCACAGUGACGCUCUCAUCUCCCCCGCUGGACACGUUCCUGGACAUGCGUCAGUGGAACAAGGGCGUCGUGUUCGUCAACGGCUUCAACGUCGGGCGCUACUGGUCCGUUGGCCCCCAGCGAACGCUCUACGUGCCCGCCCCGCUGCUGGUCCAGGGUGACAACCAGAUCACGAUUUUCGAGCAGUACACCGCAGCGAGUGCAGUAAGCUUCAUCGACGUGCCGAUAUUGAGCUAAGGCUCCUCAGUACAUUAAUGUGAAGCACA